UCUAUAUGUCACUUGUCAUUCUUGUCAGUGGUCAACCCUCAACCUCAACGCCGAAUGUUUAUUUGAAUGUCUUGUUUUCAAACAUUUUUAUUUUUCUACUCAAUACUAAUCCCAAGAUAAAAUUCGGAUAUAUUUAAAAUGUAUCACACUUCGCAGCAAUCGAUGUAAUCUUGUGUUGCAGUGUGGUAGAUCGAAAAAAAAUAAUUACUUGAAUGUGGGGUACCUAUCCCUUUAUCCUCAAGUAAUCAGGAUCAGGCACAUCUAGCCAUGUCGGAACAGGCUAUUGAAGCGAUGGACAUCUCAUCCAUGGGUCCUCUGGAACACCCAACCCAAGGCCAAAAGGGCACAACCAGUGGGGCCAAGCCUGAUCAGUAUGCAUCUAGAUUGAACAAUCUACAGAGGAUCCAGCAGAAGAAGCAGGCUGUCCUAGCCUUUCCCUAUAACAAGAAACUACUCAAACUUGCUGUAUACUCCAAAUGUCAGCUUGAUUUUCAGGCAGAAAAAUGUGACUGCAUUGGUUGGAAAAGGGUGGAUAGCACUCAACCAAACCCUACAUUCACUGAUCCUUGCAGAUGUGAACAUUUAUUGGAAAUGCAUAUUUCUCACUUGAAAGAUAAACCUGAACAAGAAUUGAACAGAUUACUAAGUAUGGUGGUAGAUGUUGACAAUAUGUAUACAGCAAUGAGUAGAGAAGAAAAUCCAGAAACCAAGAGAGUGUACCUCUAUCUGUUCAGGUUACUUAGAAAAUGUGUUCUUACUUUGGACACCCCUGUGGUGGAAGGUCCAUUAGGCCAACCACCAUUCCAAAUACCUAGCAUACACAAAGCUGUUUCCAACUUGCUGGUGUUCAAAUUCUCACAUAUUGGACAGCAGGAAUUGAAAACCAUGUAUGAAUUGGUGAGAAUUCUGUUCCACUGCUUGAAUACUUGGGAUUUUCCUUGUCCAAGCAGUCAGAAGCACAUUGUUAGUCAGGAAGAGGCUACUAAGUACAAAAUUGAAUAUACAAGAUGGCUGGUCUUCUGCUACGUCCCGACAUUCUGCGACUCUUUGCAACACCACGACACUACCAUGGUAUUCGGCCGAACCCUGCUGCGCGCCGUCUUCAAGUACAUCCGCAAACAGAUCAUGGACCAGUUCCACAGGGAGAGGGACACAAUGUCGGCCGACAGGAGGGUGAUGCUGUUGACCAAUUUUCCGCCCUUUUUGAACCAGCUGGACGAGGAGAUAUACGCGACCAAUUCGCCGAUUUGGGACCCCAACUUCAAGGCGCAGUCGGUGCACUUCCAGUCGCUGCUCGAUGCCAGGAUAAGAACUGGUGCCGGUAUUACUCCACGAAAAGGUGAAUUCGAAAAGGUGACUUUGGGUCAGACUGACAGAGACGGUUUUACUACAAGUACUUUGGGUGGAAAGUCUGUUCGUGGAUCUGACACACCAUUGAGAGAAGCAAAAAGAAAAAGAUUGGCUCAAGAGGAGCAGUUUGAAGAUUUACCACAAGACACUGUUUCGCAAAUAAUAGCCACCAUUGAUGACCCAAAUUAUAUGACAGGACCAGAUAUAGUGUUCUCUGAAGAUGCCCCCGCGACGGACGCAACGCCGCGAUUGGAGGAGAAACGCAACGUUAUCCAGCUGCACGUAGUCGGCAACAGUCUCACGGAACCCGUCUCCAAACAGACGAUGCUCUGGCUGAUCGGCCUCCAGAACCUUUUCUCACACCAACUACCCAGGAUGCCCAUAGAAUAUAUAACGCAGCUGUUAUUUGAUCCGAAACACCGAACUCUGGCUUUGGUCAAAGAAGGCCGACUCAUCGGCGGAAUUUGCUUCAGGCCUUUCCAAACUCAAGGUUUCACCGAAAUCGUCUUUUGCGCCCUAACUUCCAGAGAGCAAAUGAAAGGCUACGGUUCACAUCUGAUGAACCAUCUGAAGGACUACCACAUCUCCAAGGGCACCUUGCACUUCUUGACGUUUGCCGAUGAAAAUGCCAUAGGUUAUUUUGAAAGGCAGGGCUUCUCCAAGGACAUCAAAAUGAACAGGGCCGUGUAUCAGGGCUACAUCAAAGACUACGAAGGGGCCACUCUGAUGCACUGCGAGCUGAACCCGAAAAUAAUUUAUACAGAGUUUACGAGCAUCGUGAGGAGGCAGAUGAAAUUCGUCAAACAGCUGAUCUAUCAACAGCAAACGACAGUCUCGAAAAUACAUCCGGGAGUAACAUUUUUCAAAGAAGGUGUUAGGAGUAUUCCAAUAGAGUCCAUUCCCGGAAUAGAAGAAACUGGGUGGAAACCGGCUUCGAGGACCACCAGAGGGCAGCAGUUGGAAGAAUCUCAAGAUGUUGAUACCCUAGCAGGGAUGCUUAAACUGGUACUCAAUGCGGUCAAAGCUCAAGAUGACUCAUGGCCUUUCAGGCUACCGGUAGACAAACAUGAUGCCCCCGACUAUAAUGAUCACAUCAAAUAUCCAAUGGAUUUGAAAACGAUGGCAGACAGACUGAAAUCGAAGUACUAUGUAUCCAGGAGGCUUUUCAUUGCCGACAUGAUGAGGAUUUUCACCAACUGCAAGAUAUACAAUCCUCCCGAAUCGGAGUACUACUUUUGUGCUGAGAAUUUGCAGCAGUACUUUCAAACUAAAAUGAAAGAAUUAGGUUUAUGGGACAAAUGAAACUGUAAUAUACGAGAUAUAUUUUAGU